AUGAGUAAGCCACAGCAGCAGCAACCCCCGUUCUCUAAUAAAUACAAUGCACGUCUAGUUUCCCAACAAGAUGCCAAACCAUGUACCAUAUGUUUCAAACCAUCGACAACUGUCCUACUAGCUGAAAACAAUCUUGAUUUCUUCUACACUUGUGCACAACAUCUACUUGAUGAUCAGUUUGCCUCACCUGUUAUACUGGAUGAGUAUAACAAGCUUAAGAAAUUGGUUGAUGAAUUGACCCAAAAAGUUGAGAGAUUGAGGGUUGAUGUUGAUGCCGCGAAACCUUAUUUAUGGGGUAUUAGUUCAUAUUGGUCUAAGGACAAAUCCACUGAUACCAAGUCUGAUAAAAAUAAAGAUAAGGAAGAGACUAAAGAGGAUUCCGGUUCUGAAGCUAGUAAGCAAAAGAGUAAUAAUUACGAAACAUUAAAGAAACAAUUACUCACUACUGAACAAGAAUUAAAUACUAAACAAGCGGAGCUAACCAAUUUCAAAUUCAAAAAAUACACUCUAAACCAACAAGUUUAUCGAAAUAGAUUAAUGUUGAAUCAAAAGAAGAAAUAUAAUAAACAACGCACGGAAAAGAUUCAGCAAUCUGGGUUUUUCCCCACUGCUCCAAAUCAUAACAUUGCUUAA